AUUAUAAAUUUAUGCAUUCGAUAUGACUAUAUGUCUUAGAUUUUAUAAAAUAGGUUUACAAUGUUUUAGACAGUUACGAAAACAGAGUACAAGAGGAAACGAAAAACAAAGUUUCAUUUUUAUUUUUUAUAUUUAUAAUCAUAAAAUGCAAGUACAUUUACCAGAAUAAUAGUUGUGAGGAGGCCUAUUUUUCCUGGUGUGGUGGAUAAGCCGGGCUGCCUACUGAUGGCACAUGGGAUAUUGUCUUGAUUUAGCUCUAACAAUAACCAACAAUAAUUUGUCACUUAUAGAUAUAGAUAUCUAAUGCAUAGGCUAUAUAAAUAAAAAUAAUAUUAUAUUCGGGUCCUAAUUUUCUACAAAAAAAUAAUAAUUCCAAAAUUGGCAGUCCACUUAAAUUUCGGCCAACAUAGUGAUGGCUAAGCCCCGAUCUUGUAUCGGCUUAGUAAUAGGCAUUAGUGUCAACUAAUAAGGACAAGAAUAUGUCAACAAAAUAAUAAUAAGGAAGUGAAACUAUAUAAUUUAAAAAAAAAAAUUUUUUUUCAGUCUCUUCAGCUUUCCAGUAGUGCACGAAGUGAGUCAACAGUUGGAGAAAUUGUUAAUUUAAUGUCGGUCGAUUCUCAAAGAUUCAUGGAUCUCAUGACUUUUUUAAAUCUUCUAUGGUCGGCACCACUUCAGAUUAUCUUGGCUGUAUACUUUUUAUGGAAUUUAUUAGGUCCUUCUGUUCUAGCUGGAAUUGCAGUGAUGAUUUUAAUGCUUCCAUUAAACGGAAUAAUUGCCAAUAAAAUAAAGGAACUGCAGGUGCAGCAAAUGAAGAAUAAAGAUAACAGAGUGAAACUCAUGAAUGAAAUUCUUAAUGGCAUGAAAGUUUUAAAACUGUACGCUUGGGAAGAACCAUUUCGGAAAAUUAUAUUAAAGAUAAGAGACAAAGAAAUCGAUCA